AUGAUAACGGUGCAGGAUUUUCUGAAAGAAACAUGGGACGACUUCAAUUCUCCCACGACGUCGACGUUCACAAACAAGAUGGGCAUUUGUCGACAGUCAGUGUCUGCUCUGGAGGAGACUCUGGACAUAUACAGAAGCAGUCUCACCAAGCUGAAAAAGUCUGUGAAAGCUCUGUAUAAUACAGGCAAUACUCAUGUGACCAAUGAUGCCAUUGUUGCUGAGAACUUAGAGAGGCUAGGUACUAUUGCUAAAACCAGAGACCAUGAGUAUGAGAUUGGUGAUGCAUUUUUGAAGUUCUCUUAUGUCACCAAAGAUCUUUCAUCUAUGAUGAAGAAUAUGAUGGAUGGACUGUACAACAUGGUUCUUUUCCCACUGGAUUCCUUUCUGAAAGGUGAUCUUAAAGGAACUAAAGGAGACUUAAAGAAGCCUUUUGAUAAAGCUUGGAAAGAUUACGAAACCAAGUUUUCCAAAACAGAGAAGGAGAAGAAAAAACAGGCACAGGAGGCAGGGAUGAUCAGAGCAGAAAUUUCUGGUGCAGAGCUGGCGGAGGAAAUGGAAAAGGAACGGAAGAUAUUCCAGUUACAGAUGUGUGAGUACUUGAUCAAAGUCAAUGAAAUCCGCACCAAGAAAGGCUCAGAUCUGUUGCAGUCUCUGGCGGAAUACUAUCAAGUGCAAGCCAACUUUUUCCGAGAUGGUUUGCGUACAAUUCAACAUUUCCACGACUUUGUGGAGGAAUUGUUAAAACAAAUUCAAAAAAUAAAAAGUAGGCAGGAUGCAGAAAAGCGACAGUUGGUGGAGCUUCGAGAUGCUUUGAAAAACUCUAUGACUUCUUAUAAAGAGACGCCAGUCAGCUCAAACCCAGCAGGCUACAGCCUUCAUCAACUGGCUGGGGAUAAGUCACAUGGCUGUGAGAAAACUGGAAGCCUCCUAAAGAAGUCCGAGGGCAGAAUGCGACGAGUGUGGCAAAAGAGGAAAUGUAGCAUACGAAAGGGCUGUAUGUACAUUAGCCACCAUGAUGAAAGUAAAGACCCAGUGAAACUAAAUUUGCUCACAUGUCAAGUCAAGCUGGUUCCAGAUGACCUUGGCAAGAAAUGCUUUGAUCUCGUCUCAUCACUUAACAACCGAACAUACCAUUUUCAAGCCGAUGACACCAAAGAAAUGGAUGCGUGGAUAUCAGUUCUCAACAAUGCAAAAGAAGAGAUCCUCAUGAAAGCUUUCAAGGACAGUUCAAACACCCCAGGUCUGAACCAGAGUGUGAGAGAACUGACUUCCAGCAUAAUGGACCGAAUUCGCAGGUUGCCCGGGAACAGAGUGUGCUGUGAUUGUGGAGCUCCCGAGCCUGAAUGGCUGUCAGUAAACCUUGGAGUGAUGAUAUGUCUGGAAUGUUGUGGCAUACACCGAGAGCUGGGUGUGCAUAUAUCACGGACACAGAGCACUGUCAUUGAUGAACUUGGCACUUCUCAGCUGUUGCUGGCACGGGUUGUCGGUAAUGCUGCAUUUAAUGACAUCAUGGAAGCCAAACUAGACACUAACGAUCCGGUCAAGCCAAAACCUUCAAGUCAAAUGAAUGAGCGAAGAGACUUCAUCAAAUCUAAAUAUGAGCAGCAUAAAUUUGCAAUAAUUACAUGUAGCGACAGAGAGGAACUCAAGCAGGACUUGAAGCAGGCGACUGAGUCCAAGGAAUUGAUGGCCCUCCUACAGGUGUAUGCUGAAGGGUUAGAUUUGUCCACUCCUCUUCCUGAUAUGGAAAAUGGAGAAACAGCACUGCACCUGGCUAUACUGGAAGAUGAUGGAACCUCUCUGCCUUUGGUGGACUUUCUAAUACAAAAUACAGCGAUAGGCAGUUUGGACAAGAAAACCAAAGCUGGAGAUACGGCUUUGCAUCUGUGCGCACAGCUGAACCGAACAGAGUGCAUGAAGCUUCUGUUGCGCACACGGCCGGAUCUGGCAAAAGUGGAAAAUAGGGCAGGAAAGACACCUUUAGAUGUUGCUAGGAUGAACAAAUUUGAUGUUUGUAUUGAUCUUCUGACUGCAGCUCUCACUGGAAAGAAAGAUCUCUUUAUUCACAUCAACAUUGACUGGGAUCUGUACACUGAUGAGCGAUACUUUGAUGCGGAAUACAGUGAUGAUGACUUAGAUUCCACUCCUGAUAAAUCGAAAGCCAGGUCACGUCCAUCAAGUCUGAUUGUAAUUCCAGACGCCCUCUCAGUUAACAGCAAAGAUCGUUCAAACAUGGGACCAGUUAAACCAAAAACAAUAAGUAAGUCC